AUGGCCACUCUCACCAUGACUCCCACACGUCAGCCUUUGGGCUGUUUGAACUCGCAUAUGCCGAGUUCGAACUUGAACCGCCAAAACCAACAUGUCAUGUCUAUCAAAAGCUGCAUGAAGAGCUCCAUCUUCAUCGACAAUUCCGAGAACGUAAAUCCAGCAGUGUCAACAAAGCGCAAGCGCUCCCUCGAAGAUGACGACAAGAGCAAACCUGUCAAAACAUCCCGCAUGGGCAUGGCUCUUUCCACCCGCAGCAUCAACAACUCCCCCCGUCUCUCAACCCCCUUGAAGACCUCAACCGCAACUCCCAAAUCCGCUCCAAUCCUCAAACCUGCCGGUCGCUCUCCACCUCCCAAGUCCAGCAAGUCCGCUACUCGCCGUAGCCUCAUCGCCAAGCCGCGCGCAGACCAACACAAGCGCGGCAUCGCUCGUCCCUUCUCUCUUGCUUCCGUCCUAUCUCAAUCGAAGACCCCCAAACCCACGCCCAAGACACCUGCCUCUUGGUGCUUCGACAUCCACGUCGACACCGAGCAGGAAGAAAUGACAAAUCUGAUGCAGCACUCCACUACCGUCCUGGAUAUCAGCGAUGACGAGGGAAAGACGGAUGUCUCCUCCCGUGGAAAGGAGAAUAUCCCCCCUCACGAACUGGGAAUCGAGAUCCCCCACUCCAGCUCGUCAGCUACUGCUGUUCCUGCCCCUCGCAAGGCAGAUGUGAUGGAGGAGUCCCGUUCUCCGCUGGGUGAGCUUAGGGCUGCAGAUUACUAUGCUGAGGACUGCAAUGCCUUCUCGUGUGUGGCUGUUUAUGACGAUGAGGAGCACUCGUCUGAGUUCAAGAAGACUUCUUCGCCUCUGGCGCAGACACAGGAUGAUAUCUCUUCCUCUAUCGCUUCGGUGCUGGAGGCUGUUGCGACCAAGACUGAGACCGAUCGGCAACGUGAGAGCACGGAUGAAAAUGCAAAGCCUGCGCUGUGA